AUGUUCUCGGUCGAACGUGAAAUUUCGGCCGAGGGAAAGCGUUUGCUUCCCGGAUCGACCGGUACGGUCGGUCCGUUCCGUCAUUUGGCCGAGCGCGGCCUGUUCUUCCUGUUCGUGCGUGUGCGGACGACUUGUCACGCGAUAGUAUCGUCCGGCCGAGCACGGUCCAUUCUUCCCGGCUCGACCGGAGAAGAUGGAGACAGAGGCAUCCUUGAUCCUCCAAGUCUUUUCUCCUUGCACAAUGAGUAUCUGGAAAAAGUUGUAGAGUUCUUGUCAACUUUCUCCUUGAAUCCUUCUAGAUUCUCAUCAAUAAGCUCCUUUGGGAAUAGAAGCUUCAUGUUGCGGCCAGACCUAGGCUUUCUAUCCUUCCUUCUUGGCUUGGCCUCAUCUUCAAUCUUGGAUGAUCCCUUGGGCGGUUUUGGUGUAGGGGCCUUAGUCUUACUCCUUGCUUGUGGCAAGCUGCUUGGGCUUAGGAAUGGGAUCUUCCUUGAUUGUCUUCAGUUUCUUCUUUGGGGUGGCUUCAAAGUAGCUUUCUCCUCUUGGACCAUGUCAACAAAAGAGUUCUUUGUUGAACACAUAGGGAAGAACAUACCCUUGUUCACCUUGUUGAAAGAGAUUCUUUGA